AUGCAGCAGAAUUGCACAGGGGCUGUCGCGGGCGCAUUCUCUCAUUGCCUGGGCUUCUGUGGAAUGAGACUCGGGCGCCUUCUGCUUGCGAGACGCUGGUGCAUUGCAGGUGUGGGCUGGCAGAAGUUUGAUGGUGACAACGCCUACGUGGGGAUGAGUGACGGAAACCCAGAGCUUCUGUCGACCAGCCAGAGCUAUAACAGCCAGAGCGAGACCAACGAAGACUAUGAGAUUCCCCCAAUAACACCUCCCAACCUCCCCGAGCCAUCGCUCCUGCACUUGGGGGACCACGAAGCCAGCUACCACUCGCUGUGCCACGGCCUCACACCCAACGGUCUGCUCCCUGCGUACUCCUACCAGGCCAUGGAUCUCCCAGCCAUCAUGGUCUCCAACAUGCUGGCCCAGGACAGCCACCUGCUGUCAGGCCAGCUGCCCACGAUCCAGGAGAUGGUCCACUCAGAGGUUGCUGCCUACGACUCGGGCCGACCAGGGACGCUGCUGGGCCGCCCGGGGAUGCUGGCCAGUCACAUGAGUGCGCUCAGCCAGUCGCAGCUCAUUUCUCAGAUGGGCAUCCGCAGUGGCAUCACCCAUGGCUCCCCGUCUCCCCCAGGGAGCAAGUCAGCUACCCCCUCUCCCUCCAGCUCCACCCAAGAGGAAGAAUCGGAGGCACAUUUCAAGAUCUCAGGAGAGAAGAGGCCCUCAGCUGACGCGGGGAAAAAGGCCAAGAACCCGAAGAAGAAGAAGAAGAAGGAUCCCAACGAGCCCCAGAAGCCGGUGUCGGCUUACGCUCUCUUCUUCAGGGACACCCAGGCUGCCAUCAAGGGGCAGAACCCCAGCGCCACCUUCGGCGACGUGUCCAAGAUCGUGGCCUCCAUGUGGGACAGCUUGGGAGAGGAGCAGAAGCAGGCCUACAAGAGGAAGACUGAAGCUGCUAAGAAGGAGUAUCUGAAGGCUCUGGCAGCCUACCGGGCCAGCCUCGUCUCCAAGAGUUCCCCGGACCAGGCCGAGACCAAGAGCACUCAGGCAAAUCCGCCGGCCAAAAUGCUCCCACCCAAGCAGCCCAUGUACGCCAUGCCAAGCCUGGCCUCCUUCCUGACGCCGUCAGACCUGCAGGCCUUCCGUACUGGGGCCUCGCCUGCCAGCCUUGCCCGGACGCUGGGCUCCAAGUCACUGCUGCCUGGCCUCAGUGCAUCCUCCCCACCCCCACCACCCACUUUCCCGCUCAGUCCCCCUCUGCACCAACAGUUGCCACUGCCCCCACAUGCACAGGGUGCCCUCCUCAGCCCCCCUGUUAGCAUGUCCCCAGCCCCCCAGCCUCCUGUCCUGCCCACCCCCAUGGCACUCCAGGUGCAGCUGGCUAUGAGCCCUUCACCUUCAGGGCCACAGGACUUCCCACACAUCUCUGAGUUCCCCAGUGGUUCGGGGUCCCGCUCGCCUGGCCCGUCCAACCCCACAGGCAGUGGAGAUUGGGAAAGCAGUUACCCCAGUGGGGAGUGUGGCAUCAGCACAUGCAGCCCAGCAUCUUCUCUAGGCACACAGACUCCAGCAGUGAGGGCUCCUGCCUGGUCCUUCUGCCACCUCCAGCCUCUGGGCCUCUGCUCCCUGCCUGCACACUUAGCCUUGAACCCAGGUGAACUGCCCACUCCUCUGGAAAGCUUGGCCUGUGCCCUCCCCUCCUCCUGCCUUCCCCUUCCUAUCUCCAGGGAGAGUGACUUCCAGGGGAAACACAGACAGUGCGUGAGCCCCAAGUGCUCCUUAACCUGCCUACUCUGGUGCUCCCCCCUUGGCAAGAACCACACCUGAGCAGCCAGCUCCCAGAUAGUUCCAUGCAACCAAAGGCCCAGCAUGGCUGACCCAUGAUGGGUGGCCAAUCUGUACCAGGGAACAGCCACUCUGGGCUACAGCCAUCUGCUUUCCCAUGCAGGGCUGCUCAUGCUAAGACCACUGACACAGGCAACAUCUUGUUCAGGUUGCCCCUGAGUGCUGAGCUGCCAAGGACGACCUUGCCCCCAUGCCAUGGUAGACCCUCAACUCAGCAGGAAUCCCCCUCCCCACACCCUCCUGCAGACCCUCCUGACCUAGCCCUUUUCCCAUCCUACAAAUUCUCCCCAAAAGUGUGGGGUUCUUCAGUGAACCUUAUUAGAAGACCAACCUCCCCAGGCCAGCCUUUCCACCCUGAGCCCGCUUUCCUCACGCAGAGGGUAGGCCACAGCUCUGCCCAAUUUGAAAGCCAGAGAAAGUACCUGCCACCGAGAAUGCUAUUUAAUAAACAACUGGAGACACUGAUGAGAGAGGGACGUGAGCGUGAUGGUGUGGGACUGGGUGUGAGUGUGUUGGUG